AUGUCAUAUAAUGGUAUUGGAAUAAAGACAGCAAGAGGUACAGGUACAAAUGGUUAUGUACAAAGAAAUUUAUCAUAUGUUAAUACAAAUUAUAAUAAAACUGAAUAUAGUAUAAAAAAAGAAAGAGAAUCAAUUCUUGAACAACAAAAAAAACAACAAUCACAACCAAUUAAAAAAGCAAAUUUAGAAUUAAUUGAACAUAAUAGAAAAAGAAGAAUUGAAGUUGAAAUUGCACAAUGGGCAGAAGAAAAUGAUUUAUAUGAAAAAUAUAAAGAUCAAGAAGAAUUGGAUGCAUUAUUAGCAAAGAAAAGAGAAGAAUUAUUAGAGAAACAACAACAACAACAACAAAAUAAUAAUAAUAAUAAUACCACUGAAGAAGAAGAAGAGGAUGGGCAAUAUUCAAAACUAACAGAUUCACAUUCAAAACAAUAUCAAAAAGAAAAAGAGAUAAAAAGAUUCACAGAUGCAUUAAACAUUAAAGAUUAUAUACCUGGUGCUUCUUUAGAUAAGCAAGUUCAACAAGAACGUAAAGAAAAAAGACAUCAAGAAUAUUUAGAAAGACAAAAAGAAAGAGAAAGAAAACAAAAAGAACAUGAAAAACUUGAAAGAGAUAGACAAAGAGAAUACGAUAGAAGAAGUAGAGAUUCAGAUAGAGAUAUUGAUAGAUAUAAAAGUACUAAAGAUAGAGAUAGAGAUAGCGAUAGAGAUAGACAUAGAGACAGAGACAGUGAUAGAUAUAGAAGUAGUAGAGAUAGUAGAGAUAGUAGAGGUAGUAGAGAUAGUAGAGAUAGUAGAGAUAGUAGAGAUAUUAGAGGUAGUAGGGAUAGUAGGGAUAAUAGAGAUAGUAGAGAUAGAAGAUAUAGAUCUCGUAGUCGUUCAAAUUCUCCUUCUUAUUCAAAAUCAACAUCCCCAAGUAAGAGAGAUAGAGAUAGAAAGUCAUAUAGAGAUCGUUCAGAUUCAGAGUCAUCAUCAAGUAGUAGAGAAAGAGAUCGUUCACAUUCAAUAUCACCAAAAAGAGAAAAGAAUACAACAACAACAACAACAAAAACAGCAAUAAAGGAGAGAUCAGUUUCUCCACCAAAUAUUGCUAGAAACAGAUCACCACCACAUAGAGAUAGAGGUAAUAAAAAAGAAGAAGAGGGGGAUAAAUCAAUGUCACCACCAAGAAAUAGAAGUGGUAGAAAUAGAUCGCUUUCACCAUCACAAUCACCAGCAAUAAAAAGAAGUGUUAAAAAAGAUGAAGAGGAGGAUAAAUCAAUGUCACCACCAAGAAAUAGAAGUGGUAGAAAUAGAUCACUUUCACCAUCGCAAUCACCAACAAUAAAAAGAAGUGUUAAAAAAGAUGAAGAAUCAAUGUCACCACCAAGAAAUAGAGUUGGUAGAAAUAGAUCACUUUCACCAGCAAUAAAAAGAAGUGUUAAAAAAGAAGAAAAGGAAGAAGAAUCAAUGUCACCACCAAGAAAAAGAAAUAAAGAUGAUGAGGAGGAGCAGGAGGAGGAAGAGGAUCUGAGAUCAAUAUUUCCUUCAAGAAAAAGACAAAACACUCAAGACCAUGAAUCACCACAAAGAAAAAGACUCGAUUCUUCCUCUGAUACUGAUUAA